AUGGCCUCUGCCGCUACGGAGCAAGCGGCCCCGCUCUCUGCGCCCGCGGCCUCGGCCGCCCCCGAAGCAGCGCGCGGCGCCACCGCCAACGUAGUCCAGAUCCUGCGGGAGCGCGGUCUAGUCCAGGAGGUGACGUCGGAAGAUCUGGAGUCGCUGGCGGCGCAGACCAGCCUGAGCGUGUACUGCGGCUUUGACCCGACCGCCGACAGCCUGCAUCUGGGAAACCUGCUGGGUAUCAUAGUCCUGGCCUGGUUUCAAAGGUGCGGCCACACGCCGGUCGCGCUGGUGGGCGGCGCGACGGGGCGCGUGGGGGACCCCUCUGGACGCAGCAGCGAGCGGCCGGUGCUCAGCGAAGAGGCCAUCGAGCGCAACGUGGCGGGCAUCCGCGGCAUACUGACCUCCAUUCUGGAGCGCUCCACCGCCACAGCCGGCGCCACCGUGCCCCGCGUCAAGGUGCUCAACAACCUGGAGUGGUUUGGCCCCAUGUCGUUCCUGGGCUUCCUGCGGGAUGUGGGCAAGUACGCCCGCGUGGGCACCAUGAUGGCCAAGGACUCGGUGCGCACGCGCAUGGAGUCCGAGCAGGGGAUCUCAUUCACUGAAUUUACCUACCAGUUGCUGCAGGGCUAUGACUUUGUGCACCUAUGCAGGUGA